AUGAUGCUAAGUAAUUAUACGUUUCUUACUGAUCAUUCGUAUUCAUUACAACCUGUGUCUGAUGAUAAUGAUGAUUUACCAUUAAAUCAACGUGAAGGAAAAAAUAAAAAAUAUCGUCGAUCUUCAAAUCGUAUGAAUGAAACAAUAUCAACUACAAAUCGUACGGUAUCAAUUGAUCGUAGUUCGAGUGAUAAAGAAAACAGUUCAUUAAUAUUAUCGAAUUCAAAUAAUACACCAAUUCAAGUACCAAGUACUUCAAUAAAUACAAAUACACGAUCAUAUAAGAAAACAUCAAAUAGAUCUCGUCGUAAUCGCUUAUCAACACGAACACUUAUAACUAAUUCACGUUCACAAUUAGGAAAAAAACAAGAUAAUAAAACUUCAUCAAAAACUACCAUCAAAUUGACACAAAAUAAUAUUGAUAAAAAGAAAAAACGAAUUGAUCAAGGUAAAACAAAAUCAUUAAAUAUAUCUCAAAUGGACUCUAUUGAUGUAACACCAUCAUUAUCGAUUGAAGAACGUGUAAAAUUACGUCGAACAAAACCACUUCAAUCAUCGACAAUUAUUGUUGAAAAAAUAGAACCUAAAAAAAUAAAUAAAUCUCGAAUUCAAACAAUAAAAACUUCAUUAAAAAAAUCUAAAAAAAUUCCAUCAACAAAAACUUCUUCUAUUAUUUCAACAAAUAAAAAUAAAAAAUUAUUUCUUGGUUCAGGUCUUGAUCUUGAUAAUAUUGUUCUUGGCAAUCGACAACGUCGUUGUAUACAAACAUAA